GAGAUUACAAAGUCAAAGAAGAGCGCGGAAAGAAAGGACUCGUUGGUUCACAUAACUCCAUGGUUGUUCAUGCCUCUCCUUACCACAAACCCUCCAAGUUUCUCGCCCCUUCUCUCAAAACUAAAAACACUUUCUACUUUUGUUUUCCCCUUUCUCUUUUUACUUCUGCACCCUGGCAAAAACUAUCUACACACAUAAACACAAACAAGAAAAGAAUAAUAUACUUGUUGUGAAUUCUCAAUAAUGGCUCCCUCUGACCAACCUCGCUACUCUCUUAUCCCUUCUUUCCUUUACUCACCAAAAACAUUGCUCAACAAUGUGUCCUCACAUUCUUCUUCUUCAUCAUCAUCACCACCACCAUUCUCAGGCUCAGAGGGUAGGAAUAGUAAUAAUAAUUUUAUGAUCCCUGCACCAAAAGAGAGUAUUCCAUUGUAUUCUCCUGCUUACUACGCCGCAUGCAGCUUUGGUGGCGUCUUCAGCUGUGGUCUCACUCACAUGACCGUCACUCCUCUCGAUCUCGUCAAGUGCAACAUGCAGAUUGACCCAGUAAAGUACAAGAACAUAUCAUCAGGAUUCGGAGUUCUGAUGAAGGAGCAAGGAAUGAGAGGGUUCUUCAGGGGUUGGGUCCCAACACUGCUUGGGUACAGUGCUCAGGGAGCAUGCAAGUUUGGAUUCUAUGAAUUCUUCAAGAAAUACUACUCAGAUCUUGCAGGCCCAGAGAAUGCAGCCAAGUACAAAACCUUCAUAUUUCUAGCAGGAUCAGCCUCUGCUGAAGUCAUUGCUGAUAUUGCACUGUGCCCCAUGGAGGCUGUCAAAGUUCGUGUGCAAACCCAACCUGGCUUUGCGAGAGGUUUGUCAGAUGGAUUACCCAAGUUCAUUAAGGCUGAGGGUGCUGGAGGGUUGUAUAAAGGACUUGUUCCACUCUGGGGCCGCCAGAUUCCAUACACAAUGAUGAAAUUUGCUUCGUUUGAGACUGUUGUGGAGAUGCUGUACAAGAAUGUCGUCCCAACACCGAAAGAUCAGUGCAGCAAAGGAUUGCAGCUUGGAGUGAGUUUUGCAGCUGGAUACAUUGCUGGCGUGCUCUGUGCUAUUGUCUCACACCCUGCAGACAAUCUUGUUUCCUUCCUGAACAAUGCCAAGGGAGCCACUGUUGGUGAUGCUGUGAAGAAGAUAGGGCUAGUUGGUCUUUUCACACGUGGACUUCCUCUUCGUAUAGUUAUGAUUGGAACACUAACAGGAGCUCAGUGGGGACUCUAUGAUUCCUUCAAAGUAUUUGUAGGGCUGCCUACCUCUGGUGGAGGUGCACCUAAAGCUGCCAAGUAGGACGUCACAUCAUUGCGGAAUAGAGACUAUUUUUGACAGAGAAAUAAUGUGUCAGGGUGCUAUGCCAGUGCUGCUGCUUCUUGUCUGGUUGCCUGCUUUAUUACAGCACCACAACUAUACUUCAUCACUAAGAUGAAUGUUUAAGAUUUUGUACUUCAUUUAUUUCGGAUUUGAUUUUGUUAGCUCAGUUGUUUAUGGUGUAAUACAAUAUAGUUUGCCUUCUGGGUUGUUGUUGGCUUAGUCCUUUCCCACUUUUAUCACAUCAAAUACAUAUGGAAAAAUUUUUGGAGUCAGACAAAUGACAAAUCUUUAGUGUUUCAUUCAGUGUCUGCCAUGUAAACUACGUCUCUCAUCUUGCACCCGAUUCAACUGAAAAUCUCUUGUAUAUAAUCACAGCAAAAUGCCAUCCACCUUUUUCAAAUUAUUGCUUGCAUUAUGCCGUUCUUUACAUUGAUAAAGGCUGUUAUCAGUGUUCUGUACUUGAUUUUGAAUUUGAUUCCAGAAUAAAGGAAUUCAAUAAUUGGCUGUAUGAGACUGCUACAUCUACAGAUUCAGCAAACUGUAAACUUGAUAUUGAUCGAAUGAAAGAAUUAUUCUAUAACAAAACAAAAAACACUUGCUCGGUGAAAAAACUUUCCCCCAUUCAUCCGCUGCCUACAUAACCUAUGAGGUAGGUACAUACACUAAAUAUCGGGGCAACCCCAUAUCCCCAAAUAAAGAACAAAAAUUAUCACUGCUUCAUCGCAAAAGAAGUUGAUGACGGCUAGCUAGUACCACUUUUGCUGCA